UUCUCCUCGGUGUUAUUUCACCAGCUUAUGCUCCACAAAAUGAAGGUAGAUGCCCAGGAGGAGUUGAGGAUGCGGUUUUACGUUGGUCGGAAGGAGGUCAGAUUCGGAGUGCUGGAGUUUGCACUCAUUACAGGCCUGGACUUCUCCUCGGGGCCAACAGAAGAGGAGAAGGCUGCGCAGGUUGCUCGCUCAGGGUCAGACCGAUUGAUCAACAAAUAUUUCAACCGAUCUGAUAGUGUGAAGACAGAAGCAGUCCAAGAUAGGUUCAUAAACUGUCAGAACCCGGAAGACUUGUACAAGCUUGGCUUGUGCUUGUUUGUGGAGUCAGUGCUUCUGGGCCGCGAGGCAAACGCGCUGAUUACGCCUCACAUACUUAGAUAUGUGGAAGACCUCGAGUUCUUCUUCCGGAUUCCUUGGGGGAAGCACUCAUUUGCCAGACUCAUGCACUCGCUUGAAAAAGACAUGUUGAAACAGAAGGCCAACUACGAGAAGAAGCUGAGUUCGGAUGUUCAGCACGAGUGCAAAUACACAGCAUAUGGCUUCGCACCUGCAGUACAAUAUUGGACGUACGAGGCCAUUUUGGAGGUAGGCAAGAGGUAUGGCACGAAUCACGGGAUUCGGUUCCCCAGGAUGCUUAGCUGGACGAGCAAGGGCGAUAUUGGGAAGAAAGACGUCAGCGCAUUAUUUUCUAGACGGAAUCUUGAAGUGGUGAAGGGGCUACUUCCACGGACAGAGGAGGAGGCAUUUGUGAGGACCAUAUCUUACGAUGGUGUGGAGAACCUGGUUGAUGAUGGUGUGGAUGACACAGAGGCUGAGGCAGGUAGUCAGGUACCAGAGACUCAGGUACCAGACACUCAGGAAACAGACACUCAGGUAACAAUUUUUGGAACUUUUUUUUUAUGUCUUGAUUUUUUAUUAUUUUUGUUUUGUGAUAUUUGUUACAUUGUGGAAUUAUCGUAUGCUUACCGUAUUUUUUCGGUAUAUAUUUUUUCAGGCCACUGGUUCAGAGCCUCAGCCCAGUGCACCAUCUUCAUCAGGCGUUCGUGGUGCCGAGUACACUGAUUUAGUGGCGAGGUUAGAUAGGAUCAAGGGUGACACUCAGGGUCUGUAUGCUGCUCAUGUCGAGCUGAAGAAGGCAUACGAGACCAGCCAUGUAGAGCUGAAGGGUGGUCAGAACGUAAUUAUGGAGCAGCUCAGAGACAUAUUGGCCAUGUUGAAUCGUCCGCCAACGACAGCUUCAGCACCAAAGGCCCCAGCAGAUCCAUCUACCCCACCACCAGCUGCAUCACCCCCAGUAGAAGAGGAGGAGGUCUUCCCCGACGGGUACGAUCCUUACGAGGGAGCUCCAGCGACUCCCAUCGAUACAGGUGUUAUCCAUGUACAUGACACCGAGUCGCAGGGUGAGAUUCUGUCGAUAGAGGCACAACCUGCAAUGGUUAAGAGUCGGAAGAGGAAGAGAAAUCCUCCUGUAUGGUUCGGUGACUACACGGAGAUGAAUAGGAGACAUAGGCCAUCUUCGACGUUUGAUCCCCUGGAGCCACCGGAUGAGAAAUUGUUAACCACUUUUCGAAAGUGGUGUGUUGGACUGAUUCCGAACCACCGACUUCGGGAUUUGAGAAGUGGUGAUUACGGUCCAUCAUUCUUUUGGAUAAUGCUCACACCAAAGGAAUGGCUUACAGAUGACGUAAGUAAAGUAUUUUAUAAUAUUACUUCACUUUACAACUUUAUGUGCAAUUAAUAUAUUUUUUUGUCUAACUGACAUUUCCCUUUAUAUGCAGCAUAUAGAUGCAGCAAUGCAUAUGCUGAGGAGGCGACGCAUCGACUAUCCACUGACAUUUCCUCAGAAGGGUGUCAUUCUCUCCACAUUCGUGACCACCAUGAUCAGCAGUGCAUGGACGAACCACAAGGGUCCGAGGAGAAACUUUGUGUGGGAGGAUUAUAUCCUGGACUACUGCAGAGGGGUUCAUAAGGUAUUGUUUUAGUAAGAUUUUAAAUGUUGAACUAUGAUUAUAACUUCGAUUGUUAAUUGUUUGGGAGGAUUAUUAUGGUUUGUUAAUUGUUUCGUUGUUCUCCGUAAUUACAGUCCCAAGUCUUUGAGAGAUGGAGGGGUAACGAGUUUAUUUACUUCGUUCUGCAUCUUCCCGAGGCAAGGCACUGGGUCACACUUGAAGUUGACAUAGAGCUGUGGAAAAUUAAUGUCUACGACUGUGAUUCCAGCGUCUGUCAUUGGACCGCCAUGGAACCCAUCCUGAAGACUUGGGAAGAAUUGCUGCCCUCGCUAAUCCUUGCAACCGGGGAAUUUCCAUGUAACAACUAGAUCAUGGCGUUAACUAACGGGGACAUCACGGUGCUUCCAAAAAUGCAUUCGACUCGAGCCACUCACGA